AUGACGAGAAUGGCAUUAGUCGUGAUGUUAAUACUCUUUUCAAUCUCCAGUGUAAACUUCGUCGACUCCCUGCAGGAGAGCCUAGGAAAAUUUCUGGGGACCUUUGGCGCGAAACAACAAGUGCGAAUACCCGAAUUGCUGAAUCAGUUGUGCAAUCAGUCGCAGGGUUCCAACCUAACGAUACGUGACGCUUGUUACGGUUGCUUCUAUCGCGCCAGCAUCUUACCGCAGGGUUACUCCAUGUUAGUAGCCAUGUCCGCGUGUGCCAACACUUAUCUCAACAACACCAGCUACGGUCAUUGUCAGGCCUACUUGCAAAAUGUGACCAGUAUGCCCGAUGCACGAAGCCCUGCGAUAAUAUACUGCUCAUUCUUAGAAUGCAUUCGUCAAGUCAAUAAGAACAGUUUGCUCAGGGAAUGCGUUCGCGAAGCUUCAACAGUGUUCCCUAACAUCAACAAUACCUACAUCAAUCUUACGAACACGCAGCUUGUGCAAUUAUUCAUCAACACCACCACCUGCGUGCUGGCGAAGACUCGCUGUUCCUAUGUGAAUCCGGUGACCGGUGAGCUUCAGGAUAGUGACAUAGUCAACAAGUUGCAUCUACCUUCACUGAACGCCUUGCUAGUCAACACCGACUACGACAUCAGCAUCGUGCAGCUGCCGUUCCGUUCCGGCAGCGUCGAUGUGUGCACUAAGUAUAGAAACGUCGAGCAAGCGACUUGGCCCAGUGUCGUGUGUUAA